GCCAGCUCCACGCACCCUGCAGCAGCGCCGAGCCGUGGGUCCUGCAUGCAACAGAGCAGAGCCUUCUCCGACCCUGCGCUCUCCCCCUAGCAGACGCCCGUGCCCUGUACUGCUGCACUCAGCGGCUGAGCUCAGCCGGUUGCAGAGGACCGGGUCCUGCGCUGCCUGGGGCAUCCCCGCUCGUGGCUGGACCCCCGGAGCUUCCUGCACAUGGAGCACCUCGGCCUGGGCUGGGUGCUGCUGGCCGGCACCUUGGCUGGCACCUUGGCCACCAGAAGCACCUGUAAGCAAGAGCCCGGCUGCAUCAGGGAGGAGGCGAUGGACAUGGCCCAGAACUCCUUCGAUGACCGGUACCAGGACUGCAGAUGCGAGAUGAAAGAGGAGCUUAAAAAGGUGAACCGCACUGAAUUCAAAAACCGGCUCUAUGCAGACACCUGGAAAGAAGCAAACGAGACGUGGCAGAACUCCACCGAUCUGCAGGUGCUGCGGUGGGAGUACGCGGUGGCCGUGCUGGCCUACACUGCUGAUACAGGCCUGCACUGUGAGUUCAACGAGGCCGUGUGUGAGGGUGGUCGCUCCCGCAGGUACUACCUCCAAUCCUUCCACUUCAAGACGCUGCAUUUCCUCCUGACCGAGGCCCUGCACACUCUGCGGAAAGCCCAGGGCCACAGAUGCUACCACGUCUACCGCGGCGUCAGGGGCAUCCGCUUUACGGCCCAGCUCCACCAGACCGUCCGCUUCGGCCGGUUUGCCUCUACCUCCCUCCAGAAGAAUGCUACCGAGAGAUUUGGCCAGGACACCUUAUUCUUUGUGUACACCUGCUACGGUGUCCCCAUCUGGAACUUCUCCUUCUUCCCUGAGGAGAAAGAAGUCCUCAUCCCACCUUAUGAGGUCUUCAAGGUCACCGAUGUCACCCAUUACCCAAAAGAAACCCACAUCCAUCUCCGCUCCCAUGGUGUGCGCAGCACCUACAACUGUGCACUGCUGAAUGGCACGAGCAGUCCCAGGGAACCCCCACACCUCUGGAGUCUCCUCUUGGCAGCCGCAGCCCUGGCAGCCGUGGGACGCCUCUAACCCAGCUAUGCUGCUGCUGCACCUCCGCAAGGGAAACGGGGCAGAAACGUGAGAACACAUUUAAUGGAAACUGUGGGAUUACGCUUUCCUCUGCCGGACGCUUUCUGCUCCAGCAGGAGCGGUGCCACCGGCCCCACGAUGCUCCGGUGGCCCUAGAACACCAGCAGAGGCUGGAGGAAGCCUUUUCCUGGCUUUUGCAGAGAAAUAAAAGCACUGCUGGAGGAUGGAGGCAUCGAGGAGGGUUCCUGCGGCUCCCCGCAGCGGGGGCACUUUGCAUGGGCAGCAGCCGGGGGUCUUCUCCAGCUCCCUCCUGGAGAGCGCUGCCCCGGGUCCUGCGAGGUGGCACGGGGAGCACUGGGGGCUCCUCCUCUCUGGGGAGCCUCCACGGCGGCUCAGGAGCAGGCAUUUGGCUGGCACCUCAGCCCCCAGUGCCCAGAUUCGGGCUCUGCAGGCGGGACGGACGGGGGCUGCCCCACGGAGCAGCGCAGGGCACUCAGCCAGCUCUGGUGGCACCGUGGGCACCUCGCCUUCCUCCUCACCCCGCGGGUGUCCCCUGCCCCCCCAGCACACAGGUGACACCAGGCAGCCUCAAUGCGCUUUAAUGAAUCCCUGCUGCCCCACAACCUGCUGUGGGCAGGUGCCGGGGGGCCAGGGGCACCAGGAGCCCCGCAGUGGGGCUGUGUCCGUCAGAGCAGGGCCGAUGCCCUGGGGCUGGGCAAAGAGCCCCCACAGCAGCCUCCCGACCUGGGGAUGGGCAGGGUGAGAGCCCCCCGCUCCGCAGCCAGCCAGGGUCCGGCAAGGGCCGGGCUGGGGGCAGCUCCGGGCAGGGGGGUUUAGAUAACUUACCCAACAGACGCCUGGAUAAUUGAGGACCUCAUGAGAACCAGCGCCCGGGAUCACAAGGCUACUUCCAGCUGCUCAUAGAAUGCCCCAUCGACCUCCUCCUCCUCCUGAUCUGGUGACCUGUAGCACACCCCCACAACAGUUUCCCCCAUACCAGCCCACCCCUUAAUUCUCACCCACAAACUCUCCUCCUGUCCUUCACCCUCCCCCAGCUGGAGCUGGGUGCACUCUAAUUGCUCCCUCACAUCAAGGGCAACUCUUCCCCAGCUUGUCUCUCCUGAAGAGUUCGUAGCCCUCCGUGACUGCCUUCCAGCCGUGCGAGCUGUCCCACCACGUCUCAGUGAUCACACCAAGAUCGUGGCCCCCGACCCAACACAGAUCUCGAGCUCCUCCUGUUUAUUUCCCAUGCUCCGUGCAUUGGUGUAGGGGCUCUUUAGGGAAGCAGCAGGUGCAGUUAUCCCUGGGGGGAUGCAAGAAGAUGAUUCCAGACAGGGGAUUGGGAUCAUUGCUUUCUCUGAGGAGCCCUCAAACAAUCCCAUCCUCGAACAAGCCACUCGGAGGAUUUUCCCUACUAUCUUCAACCUACUACCCCAGAUUGCCUUCAGCUGAGGGGUGCGAAAGCCACAAAAUCCCCCAAAUACAGGCUCUCCCCUGA